CAUGGGACUUUCACGCGACUUGGAAGUCUUCGUCUAAGCGUUUUUAUUAUCGAACAAAUUUACUUGCUCGCUAAGCUUGUGCUUUCUAUAAAUUCACUUCAACUUCUUUGAUUUUGAUACACCCAUUCCAUCCCUGCUAAUUUGCUUAAGAACACAACAGCAAUCAAGGAUUUGCAACGUCUAUGGAUUCUGAUGCCGUGCACAAUCUGAGUUCCCUCAUUUCAUCCAAUGAGAGGGACUUUCUCAUCCGCAAUAAUGGCGAUCAGGUGAAGAUCAGUUCCUUAAUCGGAAAGAAUGUCGGACUGUAUUUCUCGGCGUCAUGGUGCCCUCCCUGUCGCCGUUUCACUCCCGUUUUUGCUGGGGUUUAUGAGGAAUUAGCAUCUAAGGGUGAUUUUGAAGUUAUAUUCGUCUCUUCUGAUAGAGAUGAAGAUUCAUUCAAGGAUUACUUCUCUAAAAUGCCCUGGUUGUCUAUUCCAUUUUCCGAUUCAGAGACCAUUAAGCGCUUGAAAGAACUUUUCAAAGUGAGGGGAAUUCCUCAUCUUGUUGUUCUCGACCCCAGUGGGAAGGUUUCAACUAAUCAAGGAGUGAGACUAGUGAGCGAACAUGGGGUUAAUGCUUAUCCCUUUACCUCUGAACAGAUCCAACAUCUGAAGGAUAAAGAGGAGGAAGCGAGAAGGAACCAAACUAUUAGUUCCAUUUUGGUUUCAAAUUCACGCAAUUAUGUGAUCUCAAAUGAUGGAAAUCAGAUUCCUGUCUCUGAGCUUGAAGGGAAAGUGAUUGGGUUGUACUUCUCAGUGUACGGCCAUGAACCGUGUGAUGAGUUUACGCCUAUUUUGGUUGAUACUUACAAGAAACUAAAAGAGAAGGGACAAAACUUUGAGAUUGUGUUGAUAUCUUUAGAUGAUGAAAAUGAAGAUUUCAGUGAAGCACUCAAAACAGUGCCAUGGUUGGCAUUGCCAUUUCAGGAUGAGAAAUGUAAAAUACUCGUUCGAUAUUUUGAGCUUAGUACUAUUCCUACCCUUGUUAUAAUUGGGCAGGAUGGAAAGACUUUGAUCUCAAAUGCCGCGGAACUGGUUGAAGAGCAUGGUGUUGAUGCCUACCCUUUCACUCCAGAGAAACUUGUGGAGCUUGCAGAGAUUGAGAAGUCAAAGCUCGAGUCGCAGACUCUGGAAUCCCUUUUGGUUCAUGGAGAAAACGAUUUUGUUAUUGGAAAAGAUGGUGCAAAGGUCCCAGUAUCUGAACUUGUUGGCAAGAACAUUCUGCUCUAUUUCUCUGCACACUGGUGCCCGCCAUGCCGUGCAUUCUUGCCUAAGCUUACAGAUGCAUACAAUGAAAUUAAGCAAAAAUACAAGGAUUUUGAAGUCAUAUUCAUUUCAAGCGAUCGAGACCAAGCUUCGUUUCAAGAAUUCUUUUCAGGAAUGCCUUGGUUAGCCCUGCCAUUUGGGGAUAAAAGGAAGAACUUCCUUAAUCGCAGGUUCAAAAUCCAAGGUAUUCCUGCACUUGUGGCCAUUAACGAAAGCGGUCGUACAGUCUCGACAGAAGCCUGUACGCUCAUUACAGAACAUGGCGCAGAUGCCUAUCCAUUUACAGAGGAACGCCUCAAGCAGUUGGAGGACCAGCUGGAAGAAGAGGCAAAGGGGUGGCCUGAGAAACUGAAACAUGAACUACAUGACGCUCAUGAACUUGUUCGAACACGUCGAAUUUCGUAUGUUUGUGAUGACUGCAAUGAGAUGGGAUAUGGUUGGUCCUUUUACUGUGAGGAGUGUGACUUUGACUUGCACCCAAAAUGUGCUUUGAAGAACAAUGAGGGAGCGGAGGGAAAAGAAGGGUGGAUUUGCGAGGGAGGCGUGUGCCGUAGAGCGUAAGAACAUUCAGAAUAGCGAGAAAUAUGGAAUCUUAUCAUGGUAUGUGCUUUGCUUGUUGCCUUUUGUGAUGCCCUGUUGAUGUACUGCAGCUAUUAUGCUCUCUCAAACCAUCGUCUGUAUUCAUAGUUUCAAUAAAUGAAGAGGCAUAUCAUUUCGAGAUUGUUGCCCCUAUGUUUUUGGA